AUGGCAGACCACAAUGGACAUUCACGAGAUGUCCCAGACCGAGACCGGAACUCCCAGAAUGUUGCGAGAUCGUCGGCCACCUCGAGACCCUUUCUUAAUAGCCCUUCUGCACCUCUAGCCGUCCCACCAAAAGACCAAAGUCAACUUUCCGAAAAUGUGGUAGAGGAACCUACACCUACAAGGACCUCAUUCGCGCUUGGGCAUAGUGAUCGCGACGACGAAGAGCCAGACGAUGACGAAGAGUUUGAAUCACAUUACUCCAGACACAGUUCUCCUGCCUCAUCCUCUGCAAGCACAGAGGAUGACGAACCAGAAGAAGGCGACGAGCUUGGUCUCGAUCCGGUACAGCGAGUGAGCUCCAUGCCAGCAACUGUCAAUCAUCAUGGUCUACAUAGAAGUAUACACUCCACGACAUCACUUUCGAGCAUGCCACCACCAAUACCUCGACCACUAUACCCACCCUUCUACAACAAGCCUCCUACUCCGCUCCCACCUUCGCCGAGUUUGACCUCCCUCCUGCGCCCUCCUUCUCUGCUUAAUCGCAGCACAGCCUCGACUAGACCGACCUCACCUGACUCUUCAGACGUCGACGAGACACCCAACGAUACAGAAGCACAAGUAGCACAGCAAGCACGCAGAGCAUCUCCGGUACCGCCGACUGCGCCAAAGGUCCCGACCUACGAAUAUUAUGGAUUUGUGCUCUAUCUUGCUUCUUCACUAGCAUUUGUCAUGUACAUAUUAUGGGCGUACCUCCCUAGUCCGUUUCUGCACGCGCUGGGCAUAACAUACUAUCCGGAUCGAUGGUGGGCGUUGGCAAUACCAGCCUGGAUUGUGAUGUUGCUAAUCUACAUAUACGUGGCGUUAGCUUGCUACAACGUGGAAUACCUCACACUCGGUCUCGAGAGAGUGGAAACCAUGGUCGAUGAGGCGGGUAGUGUUGCGAUUCUGGACAUCAACGGGCGCAUACGCAAAGGAGGAAGUAAGAGAUAUGUGGCAGAAUUAGAGGAAAGGAAGCGCAGAGAGAUGAUGAUGCAGACGUGGGAAAGAAGGAAGAAGGGAGGUACUGGGAGUGGUAGGAGCUCGAAGAGGAAAGCGAAGAAGGAACGUGAAAAGAACGAGGUGGAUGAGUGGUAUGGGUAUACUGGUCAGAUUACAGAGACUGGAGUUGCGUCUGGCUUGAGCUGGAGGCAAAUCUGGAACGAAGGCACGGAUGCUGUUUUGGAUGUGCCUCUCGGCGGUGUAUGUGAAGUUCUUUAUGGAGAUGGUAGAGACGUCUUGUAA